AUGGUGAGCCUCUCGUCGAUGCGCUGGGCGUUUCUGUGGGCCGCGACAUGCGCGCAGGCAGCGCUUGACGUGGACUUAAACUCGCCAGCCUCUAUCAAGGCCGCCGCCAAGGUGGUCGCCCACAACCUCAUCUCCACCUAUUACCAUGGCGACGAGCCGGGUCAGAUUCCAGGCAUCCUGCCGGGUCCGCCGCCCGGGGGGCCGUACUACUGGUGGGAGGGCGGCGCGCUCUGGGGCACCAUGGUCGACUACUGGCACUACACAAACGACACCACGUACAACAACAUCACCACGCAGGCCCUCAUCUUCCAGUCCGAGAACAGCUACAUGCCGCUCAACUGGACCGCCUCGCUCGGCAACGAUGACCAGGGCUUCUGGGGCAUGAGCGUCAUGCUGGCCGCCGAGGUCGGUUACCCGGACCCGCCCUCCGGCACGCCAGGAUGGCUCGCUCUGGCCCAGGCCGUGUUCAACACGAUGGCCUGGCGCUGGGACACCAAGAAUUGCGGCGGCGGGUUGCUGUGGCAGAUCAACCUGCUCAACAAGGGCUCGGACUACAAGAACACCAUCGCGAACGGCAUCCUGUUCAACCUGGCCGCGAGGCUGGCCCGGUACACGCACAAUGACACGUACGCCGGCUGGGCCGAGAAGGCCUGGGACUGGCUCGUGGCCUUGAAAUACAUCGACGACCAGUACAACAUCUACGACGGCGCGCACAUCGAGGACAACUGCACCAUCAUCGACAAGGGCCAGUGGUCGUACAACGCCGCCGUGCUCGCCGAAGGCCUGGCGUACAUGUAUGACUACUCGAACCGCUCGAGCAAAUGGCAGACCCGGCUGCAGGGGCUCCUCAACCGCACGCUCGACUUCUUCUUCCCGGACGGCAUCCUGGUGGAGAUCAUGUGCGAGCACCCGGACUCGAUCGGCUGCACGACCGACGAGCUGUCGUUCAAGGGGUACAUGCACCGGUGGCUGGCGACGGCGACGCAGCUGGCGCCCUUCACGAACGCGACGGUGAUGGCGCGCCUGCGCACCUCGGCCGCCGGCGCCGUGCGCUCCUGCGAACCGGACGGCACUUGCGGCUUCCGCUGGAACACGGGCAGCUACGACGGCGACACGGGAGCCGGCCAGGAGAUGAGCGCCCUCGCCGCCCUCAGCAGCCUGCUCGUCACCCAGCAGGGCGUCCGCGCCCCGCUCACCGACACCACCGGCGGCACCAGCAAGGGCGACCCCGCCGCCGGCAACGACGCCACGCAGCCCGGCGCCCCGCUGGCCCCCGUCACAAAGGCCGACCGCGCCGGCGCCGCCGUGCUGACCACGGCCGUGCUGGCGAGCUUGUUUGGCGGGAUUUGGUGGCUGCUGCGCGACGAGACCAAGCCGGCAGCGCCCAGGUGGUGGCGCGGGCGUGAGUAG